UUUGUGUAUCACGCCUGGAUCACUGACUUCAGAACAGCCAUGAGGGCUCGCAGCAACCAGAAGAAACUCUGGAGGAAGGACUCAUCUGAAAGGAGGAGCAGGAAGGAGAGAGGAGGUGAGGAGGAGAGAGGAGCAUCAGGAGGUAUAGAAGAGACGGAGGAGACAGAGGAGGACGAGGAGGAGGAGGAGAGAGAGGAGGGACCAGACACAGUGCUGCGCCGGUUCUCCUACACGAUGCGGUUCUGUUGGGUUCUGCUGUCUGCGCUGCUGGACUCUCUGACUGCCUGGCUCAGAGGUCUGUGUCAGGAACACAUCGACAUCUCAACAGUUCUGCGCAUCGAGCACUGCAUGCUAACACAGCAGGCUAAACAGGGUAAUGUUCCCACUAGAGACGCGAUCCAUGUUUACUACCAGAGACAGAUCCUGAAGGCCUCCAGAGAAUCCGGCCUGAACUACAGUUCCCAUGAGGCCGAGGGGCAGACCUCAGCAGAGAGAGGACCAGAGGAGGUGAGUCCUCUGGAUACGAAUGAAGAAGAACCAGGACCAGGUGGAGAGGGUCCAGAACCAGGACUAGGUGGAGAGUGUCCAGAACCAGGACCAGGAGGAGAUGGUCCAGAACCAGGACCAGGUGGAGAGGGUCCGGAACCAGGACCAGGUGGAGAUGGUCCAGAACCAGGACCAGCUGGAGGGGGUCCAGAACCAGGACCAGGUGGAGAUGGUCCAGAACCAGGACCAGGUGGAGUUGGUCCAGAACCAGGACCAGGUGGAGAUGGUCCCUGCUCAGGAGCUGAACCAGAGACAGAAGAGGAUACAGCAGUGGAGGUUCAAUAUGAAGAUUGCCCAGAAUGCCUCCUGAUCAGAACCCGGAGACCCACACUGUCCCGGAUGGAGAGGGUCCGAUCUUCAUCCUCCUCCUCGUCUUCAGACCAGGACCGGAUGAGUCCGGCUUACAGUUUCGAGGAACCGAAGCCCCCCUCCCCCUCCCCCUCCUCCCUCUUCCUCCCCCCCUCAUACAGCCUGGCCCUGGGAUUGGACCUGCAGGAGGGGGAGGGUUUUGGGGAGAGGAGUGACUUCCUGUCUGACUCCACUUCCUGUCCGGCGGUGUCUCGGGCUCAGGAUCUGACGGCCAGCGAUCUGCUGAGGAGCAGGACCUUCUACGACGAGCAGCUGGAGGCGUCGGACAGAUUCUACGCAGACCAGCACCAGCUGCUGCAGAUCUGCUACGCUCUGUACAACAUCCUGGCCGCCAGGUCUGAGACGGUGUGCUUCCUGGUGAUCGUGCUGAACCACAUGGUGUCAGCCAGCUGUCUGACUCUGGUCCUGCCGGUGCUGGUGUUCCUCUGGGCCACGCUGUCCGUCCCCAGGCCCAGCAAGACCUUCUGGAUGACAGCCAUCAUCUACACCGAGGUCACCAUCGUCAUCAAGUACUUCUUCCAGUUCGGGUUCUUCCCCUUCAACAAGAAGCUGGAGGUGGACCGCUCCAAACCCUUCCACCCCCCCAACAUCCUGGGGGUGGAGAAGAAAGAGGCGUACGUCCUGUACGACCUGCUGCAGCUGCUAGCUCUGUUCUACCACCGCGCUAUCCUCAAGUGUCACGGGCUGUGGGACCAGACUGUUACCACGGAGACGGAGGCUCUCCAUCCCAGUGUCUCUCAGCUGGACUCUGGUUCUGCGUCCAUCGAUCCAUCCGCCCCGGUCCUGCGGAGACGAGUCCGGAGACGGACCAGGUCCAGCUCCACCCAGCUGAGGUCUCCUGCAGGCAGUCUGAGCUCCAAAGUCCUGCAGCCCAGCAGAGUGGAUUUGCUUCUGGAGAAACUUAGAGAACUGUCCAUCAGAGCAAAGAGGCACUCCGUUAGCCGGUGUAUGUCCCUCUACCUGCCGGUGUUUCAGUUCUUCAGAGCUCUGGUCCAACCGGAGUACAGCGCUGUCACAGAUGUUUACGUCCUGAUGUUCCUCUGCGACACCGUGGACUUCAUCGUCAUCGUGUUCGGGUUCUGGGCCUUCGGGAAACACUCAGCAGCCGCUGAUAUCACUUCCUCUCUCUCAGAGGACCAGGUCCCUGAAGCCUUCCUGGUGAUGGUGCUGAUCCAGUUUGGUACCAUGGUGAUAGACAGGGCUCUGUACCUGAGGAAGACGGUGUUGGGGAAGUUGGUGUUCCAGGUGUUUCUGGUGUUUGGGAUUCACUUCUGGAUGUUCUUCAUCCUGCCCACGGUCACAGAGAGAAGGUUUAAUCAGAACCUGGUGGCUCAGCUCUGGUACUUUGUGAAGUGUGUGUACUUCGGCCUGUCGGCCUAUCAGAUUCGAUCUGGAUACCCCACACGAGUUCUGGGGAACUUCCUGACGAAGAGCCACAACUACCUGAACCUCUUCCUGUUCCAGGGUUUCCGUCUGGUCCCCUUCCUGACGGAGCUCCGGGCUGUGAUGGACUGGGUCUGGACGGACACCACUCUGUCUCUGUCCUCCUGGAUCUGUGUGGAGGACGUGUACGCGCACUGCUUCGUGCUCAAGUGCUGGAGGGAGUCUGAGAAGAGGUACCCGCAGCCUCGUGGUCAGAAGAAGAAGAGGGUAGUGAAGUACGGGAUGGGGGGUCUGAUCGUUCUGCUGCUGAUCUGCAUCGUCUGGUUCCCGCUGCUCUUCAUGUCUCUCGUUAAGUCUGUUGCCGGCGUCAACAACCGACCAAUCGAUGUCUCUCUGACCAUCACACUGGGCGGGUUCCAGCCAAUCUUCACGAUGAGUGCUCAGCAGAACCAGCUCAGAGACCUGACGGAGGACGACUUCAGCUCCUUCAGCAGCUCCUACAGCCUACCUAGUGCUUUGCAGUUCCUGGAGGCCUACAGCCAGGAGGACGUGACGGUGGCGGAGCUGCAGGGUAGCAGCAACUCUUUGUGGACCAUCAGCCCCCCCAGCCGGGCGUACCUGAGCCAGGUGCUCUACCUGGAGAGCUUCCCGCUGACGCUGUCCUGGACCAUACAGAGGAACCUGAGUCUGGGGGCGAAGGCGGAGCUUGCCUCAGGUAAACAUGUGACCUACCUGGACGAUCAGACCCGCCUGGAGCUGAUCCAGCUGCUGAAUGGGACGAGGUCACUUCCUGUGGUCAUACAGGAAGUGUUUCCAUGUUUCCUUCGAGCUCCGAGCGACUCCAACUCCAAACCCAUCGAGCAGCUCUACUCAGACGGCCGAUACAAAGACAUCCUGCUGGCCCUGGAGCGCUCGACCAAUCAGAGCCAAGAGAUCCAGGACUGGUGGAUCGUCGACCAACCGGCUGCCAGCCUGGUGCCCAUUGGGGGCGGGGCCUCACUGAGUGACAGGCGGGAGGCGGGGCUUCAGCUGUUUGUGUUCAGUGAUAAAGUCAGUCCUCCCAGUCUGGGCUUCCUGGCCGGAUACGGCAUCAUGGGUCUGUACGCGUCCGUGGUUCUGGUCAUCGGGAAAUUUGUCCGCGAGUUCUUCAGCGGGAUCAGUCACUCCAUCAUGUUCGAGGAGCUGCCCUGCGUCGACCGCAUCCUCAAACUCUGCACCGACAUCUUCCUGGUGAGAGAGACAGGUGAGCUGGAGCUGGAGGAGGAGCUCUACGCCAAACUGAUCUUCCUGUACCGAUCCCCGGAGACGCUCAUCAAGUGGACGAGGCGUUGAGCUGUGUGACCAAUAGCAGCAGCCAGGAGGUGGGGCUUACCUCCUGAUCACUGAGGAGCAAUAACUGCAGGGAUAAUCACUUCCUGGAAAACCUGGAAGCUGUUUGUGAUUGGACGAUGCUGCUGACACGCCCACAUUAACUGAGUCAUGGGGGGGGAACUGUUAGUCACAGGAAGUGACCCGUACUCUGGGAUCUUAUUUCAGGAAAACAUGUGCAGUAUUUAACGAGGGAAAUGGGGGUCUCACCCUAACUGCUGUAGACCAUGUGACAUGACAAUAACACAGGUAACAAACACCUGUUCAGUAGACUGACAGGUGUGUAAACUACAGGCUACAGAACGACCUUAUAUGUUCCUUUAUAUCAUACUGACAUCAUGUGUAGUUCAUGCUUCAUUCAAACAGGAUAAACAUGUGUUUGUAGUCUGAGCUAACAGAGCUGAUGACACUGGAGGAAAUGUUGAAUCUGUAUCUGACUGAUAACUGUACGCCCUUCUGUGAAACAAGUCAAUCUGUGGAAAUAAAGACGUUAAUAAUGUG